UGGCAGCUCACAGGCUUACAAAGUGAUUCAGAAACACUUGGAGUGAACCGUGAAAAUUGUAUGUACAAUUAGGCUCAUCCCUGUUCUGUGUUAAAACAGAGACACUUCAUGUGAGCAGACACAUGAUGCCAGGGAAAUGCUCUGAAUGGAGCCUCCAGGCAUAUGGUAACAGGAAUAACAAAACAUUCAGGAUGCUUUUGUCGUGUAUGACGUGCAGGCUUCCCGGCAGGCUCUAGGACCCAGUGUAGCUGGGUCAGGAUGAUACCUGUCCCUGGGCAGGUGGAGGUUGGAGCUGAGUGAGAGGCAGCCCUGGGCUCCAGACAGCUUGACUCUUCUCUCUGCCAUUUUGGACUUUAUCUGGGCUAUUGAACUCUUCUAACUUUGUUGGUAUUUAACUUGAGUCUGCUUUUUGAGAGGAAAACAAGAUGUCAAGGAAAAGUUUUCCAGGCUGCUUCUCUAGGAUAAUAUGGAAAAAACACUUUUUCAAGGAAACAUGCUGCCAAUGUGCUGCUUCAGACACAGAAAUCCAAAAUGAAGGGCUGGAGAAGAGAGGAAAAUUAAAGAAAAGAAAGAAGAAAAAUGAAAAUAAACGCGUGAUCAUCUCUAAUUUGUCCUUUGGAAGUACGAAGUGGAAGGAAAAUCCAAACAGAUACUAUAACUCCAAUAAAAUCAAGACAACAAAGUAUACCAUCUUGACUUUCUUCCCUAAAAAUAUCUAUGAGCAGUUUCACCGCUUUGCCAAUAUUUAUUUUGUGGUCAUUGCGCUGCUGAAUUUUGUGCCGGUGGUAAAUGCUUUCCAACCAGAAGUUUCUGUGAUCCCGAUUUGUGUUAUAAUGGCCAUUACAGCCAUUAAAGAUGCCUGGGAGGACUUUCGACGGUAUAAACUAGACAAAGAAAUCAAUCAUAUGGGCUGUUACAUUUACAGCAGGAAGGACCGUGCCUAUGUUGAGAAGUGUUGGAAAGAUGUACAAGUGGGGGAUUUUGUGCAGCUGCAGUGUAAUGAGACCAUCCCAGCUGAUAUUCUCUUGCUGUACUCCUCUGAUCAAAAUGGGAUCUGCCAUUUGGAAACAGCGAACCUUGAUGGGGAGACAAACCUUAAACAACGACGAGUCGUGAUGGGGUUCUCUGGCCAGAAUACUUUAUUUGAACCAGAAUUUUUCCAAAACACCAUCAUCUGUGAAAUGCCUAACAAUGAUCUCAAUAAAUUCAAAGGGUACAUGGAAAAGCCAAAUAACGAACGGAUUGGUUUUAACAUUGAAAGCCUUUUGCUUCGUGGAUGUACAAUCAGAAACACUGAGGUUGCAGUAGGAAUUGUUAUAUAUGCAGGUCACGAAACUAAGGCCAUGCUAAAUAACAAUGGUCCUCGUUAUAAGCGCAGCAAGAUAGAGCGACGGAUGAAUAUGGAUAUUUUCUUAUGUGUGGGACUCCUGUUCACAAUGUGCCUUGUUGGAGCCAUAGGUCAUGGCAUCUGGGCUGGAAGCUUCUCAGAACAUCCACCUUAUGAUGUCCCAGAUGAGAAUGGCAAUUUUCCGUCUCCAGUUCUUGCUGGUUUCUACCUGUUCUUGACUAUGAUAAUCCUACUGCAGGUUUUAAUCCCCAUUUCUCUUUAUGUGUCCAUUGAGUUGGUCAAGUUGGGCCAAGUCUUCUUAAUUCACAAUGACAUUGACCUCUAUGAUGAAGAAGCAGAUUUGCCCAUUCAGUGCAGAGCCCUAAAUAUUACUGAAGAUCUUGGACAAAUUCAGUAUAUUUUCUCAGACAAAACUGGGACACUAACAGAAAACAAAAUGGUAUUCCGACGCUGUACAGUUGAUGGACAUGAGUUUUCACAUCAGGAAAAUGCCAAGCGCCUGGAAACCCAUAAGGAGUUGGAUUUAGAUUAUGCAGAUUUUGUAAAACUUCAACACUUCACACUUCCUUCCAUGAACACUGAAAGACCAGGCACUUAUAAUCAAAGGACCAUGAGACCCUUAAGGAGGUGCCAGAGUGCUAGAGCUCAUUUUCAGGGGCAUACACGGAAUAGGUCACUUGGUCGUCGUGACAGCAACCGAUCACAAGUGGCAUUCAGCAGCACCAUUGAAAAGGAUGUGACUCCAGACAGCAGGCUGCUGAGAAGAGUUAGAGAAGCUGCACUCCAGACUGAAAAUCUCUCUCCUUUUAUACAUAUGCAGACUGCCACAUCUCUUACUGACUUUUUUCUUGCCCUUGCCAUCUGCAAUACAGUCGUGGUCUCCACAGCUACUGAGCCAAGACAGAGGGUUAUAGUCCCACCACCAAUAAAACCUUCAGGAAUCACUUUGGAGAAGAUUCAUCAGAUAUUUCAUCGGCUGAAGUUAGCAAGCCUCAGCCAGUCUUUUUCAUCAUCUCAGUCUAGUUCAGAGCUAGGAGCUAGCUUCAGUGCAAAGAACACCGGGGAGCACCUUGCUGCGUUGGAUUGCUGUGACGAGGACAAUGACUGCUGUGACAGCAAUAGGGGCACUGGGCUUCAGGACAAAGCCAGCACAGAUAUUGGCAGUGCUUCCUUGGAUGAGGUUUUUAAGUCUGUUACUCAUGGUUCUUUGCCAACAGACUUCUGUUACGAGGCUGAGAGUCCAGAUGAGGCAGCACUUGUCUAUGCUGCCCAGGCAUACAGUUUUACUUUAGUGUCCCGGACUCCUGAGCAGGUGACUGUACAGUUGCCACAAGGCACACUCUUGACUUUUGAUAUCCUCUACACUUUGGGAUUUGACUCAGUAAGGAAAAGGAUGUCUGUAGUGGUAAGACACCCUCUAACCAAGGAGGUCAUUGUCUACACAAAAGGAGCUGACUCUGUUAUAAUGGACUUGCUGGAAGACUCUGGCAAAGCUGACACUUAUGCAGAGAGGAGAAGGAAAAGAAUAAAAGACAGAACACAGAAACAUCUGGACUACUAUGCCCGAGAUGGCCUCCGAACUCUGUGCAUAGCUAAGAAGGUCUUGAAUGAGGAUGACUUUCAAAAAUGGGCCAAUUUUCGUCGAGAGGCAGAAGCUGCAAUUGACAACAGAGAGGAUCUGUUAAUGGAGACGGCACAGCAUCUGGAGACCAAACUCACCUUGCUGGGGGCAACAGGGAUUGAAGAUCGGCUGCAAGAUGGAGUGCCUGACACUAUUGCAGCUCUUCGAGAAGCUGGGAUACAGAUCUGGGUGUUGACAGGAGACAAACAGGAAACAGCAGUUAACAUUGCAUAUUCCUGUAAGCUCCUGAACCAAAGGGACACUGUCUUCACCAUAAACACAGAAAAUAAGGAAACUUGUGAAUCACUCUUGAAUUUAACCUUGGAAGAAGUGAGAAAGAAUUACGAGGUUGAAAAACCACAGAGGAAAUUUUUUGACUUUAUCCCAACAUCUUCACCAGCCUCUGAGGAGCCCAGUCCUGAAUUUGGACUGGUGAUUGAUGGCAGGACACUGAGUGUCAUCUUCCAGGGGGGCCUGGAGGAGAAAUUCCUGGAGCUGACGAGGCACUGCCGCUCGGUGCUGUGCUGCCGUUCCACCCCCCUCCAGAAGAGCAUGGUGGUCAAGCUCGUUCGGAGGCAGCUAAAAGUGAUGACCCUGUCGAUAGGUGAUGGUGCAAAUGAUGUAAGUAUGAUUCAAGCAGCUGAUGUUGGGAUUGGAAUAUCUGGCCAAGAAGGCAUGCAGGCUGUGAUGGCUAGUGACUUUGCAGUAUCCCGAUUUAAGCAUCUCAAAAAACUACUUCUUGUCCACGGACAUUGGUGUUACACUCGCCUGGCAAAGAUGGUGAUAUACUUUUUCUACAAAAAUGUGAGCUAUGUCAACCUGCUCUUCUGGUACCAGUUCUUCUGUGGGUUCUCAGGCAACACAAUGAUAGAUUAUUGGCAGAUGAUUUUUUUCAAUCUUUUCUUCACCUCAAUGCCACCUCUGGUCUUUGGAAUCCUGGAUAGAGAUGUUUCUGCAGAAACACUUCUGGGUUUGCCUGAGUUGUACAAGAAUGGGCAAAAUUCAGAGAUAUACAAGCUGUCAACGUUCAUUAUUACAAUGUUUGAUGCCUUCUAUCAGAGCCUUAUUUGCUUCUUUGUCCCCUAUUUGAUGUACAAGGACUCCGACAUAGAUGUGUUUUCCUUUGGAAACCCCAUCAAUACCAUUUCCCUCCUGACCAUCCUCUUGCACCAGGCUCUAGAAAUUAAAACAUGGACAUUGUUCCACUGGAUCACGAUAAUUGGGAGUGUGGUGAUUUACUUCGUCUUCUCUCUGAUCUACAAUGCUGCCUGCGUGGUCUGCAACCCUCCCACCAACCCCUACUGGAUCAUGGAGAAACAGCUUUCAGAACCCACCUUCUACUUACUCUGUCUUAUCACCCCAGUCAUCGCACUCUUGCCAAGGUUCUUUAUUUUCGCUCUGCAAGGAACCUUUGGAACAUCUCUGAUACUGAAAGCUCAGCAGCUAGAUAACCUUCCAAAAGAGCAACAGGAUCUUGAAAUCCAGAAACUGAGGUCAAGAAAACAAACAACUUCUGAUGCACCUAUAGCAUCACCAGCAUCUAACGAUGAUCUCGACCAAAACAUCAGCCACUUAUGUUUGUCACCAUUUUUACAUCCAGCAGCAGAAACUGUAUCUCCCAGAGACACAAAAAGUCAGGGACUUUCCACCUCUGAAGUGAAUCCUCUCAAGAAAUGGACACCUGAAGAAGGCUACUAUUUCUUUAAUAGGUGGACAGAGGAAGAAUACACUGCUACAGAAUCUUCAGCAGGACCUUUCUCUGGUCAUUGCCCCCUAGUACCCAGUAGGGUAACAUCUCCCGGACAGGACAGUGGCAAACCAACUAAAGAUAAAGGUAAAAAAAAUAACCAUGGAAGCCAUCGACGCUCUGUGAGUGCAGUGACACUCUGAAAAAGCAUUCAGAAGUGGUUCAUUUUCUGGAUAUGGUAUCUCUGCUGUGCAGCCCAUGUGGAGAAAGAUAGCAUAGGGAAAACAAAAAAAUCCAUUUAUACUUAAUCAUGAUGCUCACUACAAAAGGAGAGAGGCAUGUGGAUUUACAAACCUGCUGGAGUAGUGCAAUAGGAUGUCUAAUAUACAACUUCUGUCGUUGGGGUUUGUCAUUCAAUGACUUUUUGAUCUUCCUGGUUUUGUGUCAUUAGAGAUAAGAUACCUAAGCUUCAUACAGUUGCCGAGAGAUCCACAAUUACUUUCUUUCAUCUGGGAGUAUUUUCCUUUCACAGUAAUAGUGAAUAAUUGCACUAGUGAUGUUUCAAUGUUGUUAUGGUAUUGAGGUAAUAGAAAGAGAAUCCAUUCAACAUUAAGCCAAGUCUUAGAGCAACACAUCCUACUCUAACCUUUAAUAUCAAAGUCUUAAUAUGAUACUGCUAAUUUAAAAAUUACAGUCCUGCCAAGAAAAAAAAUAAAAGUCUUCUGGUGCUACAGGUAGUUCCAGAAUCACAGCAUCUGAAAGAGACUACAGAAUGUUCCAUUUUUUAAUACGUAGGCUUUAUUCACAUAGCAAUAUCAAACAACAUCAUGUCUAUAGUUUGCUUUCCCUGCACACUAAACUCUGUGUUUUUAUGCAGGCAGUGUUCUGACCUGAUACUUUUAAGAAAACAAGAAAGCAGUUUAUGAAAUAGAAUGCAAAUACAGGACUACAAGAACUGGCAGGAUAACUUAAGGAUAAGUGGAGUCUAAUUCUUCACCUUCAAAAGCAGACAGAUAUAACAAGUCUGAUUUGAGUAUUUAUGUUCCAGAUUUCAAAAAUUCUCCUUGAUUUUUCAUCUGGAAAUCAGCUUCUUCAUUUCAUUUCCUACAUUAACUAGAACGUGUUGCUGCAUUCAAUCAAGUAUAAAUAUGCUCUUCCCCACAAUGAGUUACAAUCAGUAGUUGAUGGAGAUCCCAAUGACAGUUAUUUUAACAAGCAGUUAAUGAAGGUUCACUAAUCACAUUGCAGUAAGUACAUGAUGUAGAAUGACCAAAAUAUGCAUAACAUGUUCAUCCUUUUCAUUAUCACAGGACAACAAGGUUCCAAAAAAAAAAAAAAAACAAUUAAAAAAAAUUAAACGUCACCCUUACCACUACCUAUUGCAAUGCAAUUAUUAAAGGUGGCUUUAGUAUUUCUUAUAGAAAUGUUGACUGCUAUGAUCAUAUCCCAGGUUUUUCUCCACAAUGUGGGGUAAAAUCUUAGCCAUGUUUUAAACUCAAGCCAUCUGUACUUUUGUGAGUCUACCACUGGUUCUGAUUUAAGUAUGUGUUUAGCUUUUUAUAUGUAUGUUAUUUUAGCUAUUUGCCACCUAUCACAAUGUAUGAAGUUUGUUUAAUAUCCUAUUUAGCAAAUACUAAUUUACCUUCUGUAUGUUUCAGUACCGUGACUAGAGUCCUCAAGAUGUUACUUUAAAGCAACUCAGGCAAGACUGUGUAGCGUAUCCACCACUGGGAUUUCUGGUAGCCAGAGCUAUACAUAGAACUGUAAUUGAUAAAGUAUUAAUUGUCAGCUGUAAAGCAAUUUAGAAAAAGAUUUUUGCAUUAUGUACAAAUGAAGGGAAUUAGGCAUAGCUGAGAUUAUUGUUAAUGGGGUGUGAGAUUGCUCAAAUGUUUGCUCACUAGCUGGUAAUGAACGUUGGGUGACAUGACUUAAGAUCAAGUCUUUAUGAUUCGCAGCCAUGUUUUUACAUAAAAUGGUCCAUUUCAUCUGAAAUUAAAGAAGAUGCCUGUUUCUUAUUAUAUAUUUUAUUACAAAAUGUGAAGGUUUUUUAUCAUAAUAAAAUGUAACAUGGUUUGA